AUGCUACGUCUCCAUUUCACAGACGUCGACCCAGACUCUCGAAAAUGGUUUGCAUGUGAAGUGGAAACACUAGAGCGCUGCAUCGGAAGGAAAGAUCGACGGAUAAAGGAGCGGAGCUCUCAGCUCAUCCGAUCGACGAGCGCGGGGAUCCUCAGCCUGGCGGACGUCCGCAAACUCUUUCUUUACACGACCACCCAGAAUUACUUCGGGCAGAGGCCGGAGCUCUGGGACCAGCCCCCGCUGAGCAGCUGCCCGGAGGUGAACAACUUCUUGGACGACGGCAACCAGAUGCUGCUCCGGGUGCAGCGGUCCGACGCUGGACUGGCCUUUUCCAACACGAUUGAUUUUGAUGACACAAAGGAUAAAGUGCUGGUGUUUUUCAAGCUCCGACCCGAAGUAAUUACAGAUGAGAAUCUACAUAACAAUAUUCUUGUUUCAUCUAUGCUGGAGUCACCCAUCAAUUCACUUUACCAAGCAGUACGGCAGGUGUUUGCACCCAUGUUGCUAAAGGACCAGGAAUGGAGCAGAAACUUUGAUCCCAAACUUCAGAAUCUUUUGAGUGAACUAGAAGCUGGAUUGGGUGUAGUUCUACGAAGAUCAGAUGCUAACUCACCCAAGCUGAAACUUAAGGAAGAUGAUACAAGAGGUAUUCUCACACCAAGUGAUGAGUUCCAGUUUUGGAUAGAACAAGCCCAUCGUGGAAAUAAGCAGAUUAGUAAAGAAAGAGCCAGUUACUUUAAGGAAUUAUUUGAAACGAUUGCAAGGGAAUUUUAUAACUUGGACAGUCUGUCCUUGCUAGAAGUCGUUGACUUGGUGGAGACGACUCGGGAUGUUGUAGAUGAUGUAUGGAGACAAACAGAACAUGACCAUUACCCUGAGUCACGGAUGCUGCAUCUCCUAGAUAUUAUAGGUGGUUCAUUUGGAAGGUUUGUUCAAAAAAAGCUGGGAAGUCUGAAACUGUGGGAAGAUCCUUAUUAUCUUGUGAAAGAAAACCUGAAAGCUGGCAUUUCAAUUUGUGAACAGUGGGUGAUAGUCUGCAGUCACCUCACAGGUCAGGUGUGGCAGCGCUAUGUCCCUCAUCCAUGGAAAAAUGAAAAGUAUUUUCCAGAAACUCUUGACAGGCUGGGCAAACGCCUGGAGGAGGUCUUGGCUAUUCGGACAAUUCAUGAGAAGCUCUUGUAUUUUCUACCUGCCAGCGAGGAGAGAGUCAUGUGCUUGUCUCGAGUAUUCGAGCCUUUCACUGGUGUGAACCCUGUGCAGUACAACCCAUAUACCGAGCCAUUAUGGAAAGCUGCAGUGUCUCAGUAUGAAAAAAUCAUUGCACCCGCUGAGCAGAAAAUAGCAGGAAAAUUAAAGAAUUAUAUUUCAGAAAUUCAAGAUAGUCCACAGCAGCUUCUUCAAGCAUUUCUAAAAUACAAGGAAUUGGUGAAGCGUCCGACUAUAAGCAAAGAACUGAUGUUAGAGAGAGAGACAUUACUGGCAAGACUUGGGGACUCAGCUAAAGAUUUCCGAUUGGACUUUGAGAAUCGGUGCCGAGGGAUUCCUGGUGAUGCCUCUGGGCCACUUUCUGGCAAAAAUCUUUCAGAAGUUGUCAAUAACAUUGUUUGGGUUCGUCAGUUGGAAUUGAAGGUAGAUGAUACUAUCAAGAUUGCAGAAGCGCUUUUGUCUGACCUAUCAGGGUUUCGGUCUUUCCAUUGGAGUGCUGAAGAUCUCUUGGACCAGUUUAAGCUGUACGAACAAGAACAGUUUGAUGACUGGUCCAGGGAAGUUCAGUCAGGGUUGUCUGAUUCCAGAUCAGGUUUGUGUAUUGAGGCUAACAGCCGAAUUAUGGAGUUAGAUCCUAAUGAUGGUUCGUUAAAAGUACAUUAUUCUGAUCGUUUGGUGAUUCUUCUGCGAGAAGUCCGUCAGCUCUCUGCCCUGGGCUUUGUCAUUCCUGCCAAAAUACAGCAGGUUGCAAAUGUUGCCCAGAAGUUCUGCAAGCAAGCCAUCAUUCUUAAGCAAGUGGCACAUUUUUACAAUUCCAUAGAUCAACAGAUGAUUCAGAGUCAGAGGCCAAUGAUGCUGCAGUCUGCCUUAGCAUUUGAACAGAUAAUUAAGAAUUCAAAGGCAGGAAGUGGAGGCAAGUCACAGAUUACUUGGGACAACCCUAAAGAAUUAGAAGGCUACAUCCAGAAACUCCAAAAUGCUGCUGAGAGACUUGCCACUGAAAAUAGAAAGCUGAGAAAAUGGCACACUACUUUUUGUGAAAAGGUGGUCAUUCUUAUGAAUAUCGAUCUGCUUCGGCAGCAGCAGCGCUGGAAAGAUGGGCUGCAGGAACUGAGAACUGGCUUAGCAAGUGUGGCAGCUCAGGGGUUCCAAGCCAGUGACAUGCAUGCCUGGAGGCAACACUGGAACCACCAGCUCUACAAGGCUCUGGAGCACCAGUAUCAGAUGGGCCUGGAGGCACUGAAUGAGAACCUGCCAGAAAUAAAUGUAGACUUAACCUACAAACAGGGAAGGUUACAAUUUAGGCCCCCUUUUGAAGAAAUCCGGGCUAAAUACUACAGAGAAAUGAAGAGGUUCAUUGGCAUUCCCAACCAGUUUAAGGGAGUGGGCGAGGCUGGAGAUGAGUCAAUAUUUUCUGUUAUGAUUGAUAGAAAUGCAAGUGGAUUUCUGACUAUUUACAGUAAAGCAGAAGAUCUGUUUAGAAGGCUAUCUGCUGUUCUGCAUCAACAUAAGGAAUGGGUUGUAAUUGGACAAGUUGACAUGGAAGCUCUGGUCGAAAAGCAUCUUUUUACUGUGCAUGAUUGGGAGAAAAAUUUUAAAGCACUGAAAAUAAAAGGGAAAGAAGUUGAACGGCUCCCCAGUGCUGUCAGGGUGGACUGUCUCAACAUCAACUGCAGCCCCGUGAAGACUGUGAUCGAUGACCUCAUCCAGAAGUUAUUCGAUAUGCUUGUCCUUUCUCUGAAGAAGUCCAUCCAGACUCAUAUACAUGAAAUCGAUACAUUUGUUACUGAGGCUAUGAAGAUCUUAACAGUUAUACCUCAGUCUGUGGAAGAAAUAGGUGAUACUAAUAUACAGUAUAGUAACCUCCAGGAUCGGAGGCCACAGAUUUUGCCCCUGUUUCAAGAAGCUGAAGAAAGAGCUGUGGCAGGCGGUGGGGUGGAGACAGUCAGCAGUCUGAGAGCCAAGUGGGACAAAUUCGAGCUGAUGAUGGAGAGUCACCAACUCAUGAUUAAAGACCAGAUCGAAGUGAUGAAAGGAAAUGUGAAGUCUCGCCUUCAGAUCUAUUACCAAGAACUGGAGAAGUUUAAAGCCCGUUGGGAUCAGCUGAAACCUGGUGAUGAUAUUAUUGAAACUGGCCAACAAUAUACUCUGGAUCAAAGUGCAAAGUCUAUAAAGGAGAAAAAAAUUGAGUUUGAUGAUCUUGAAGUCAUAAGAAAAAAGCUAGUUGAUGACUGCCACCAUUUUGCACUAGAAGAGCCCAACUUCUCUCUGGCAUAUAGCAUCUCUAAGGACAUUGAGAGCUGUGCACAAAUUUGGGCUCUUUAUGAGGAGUUCCAGCAAGGUCUCCAGGAAAUGGCCAGUGAAGAUUGGAUUACUUACCGGUCUAAGACCUAUCUGUUUGAGGAAUUUUUGAUGAACUGGCAUGACAGAUUGAGGAAGGUUGAAGAACAUUCAGUCAUGACAGUGAAGUUGCAGUCAGAAGUUGACAGAUAUAAAAUCAUAAUUCCUAUCUUGAAAUACAUAAGAGGGGAACAUCUUUCUCCAGACCACUGGCUUGACCUUUUUCGUCUGCUUGGCCUUCCCCGAGGGACCAGUUUAGAGAAAUUACUGUUUGGUGACCUGCUCCGAGUUGCUGAUACAAUUGUGGAGAAGGCCUCAGAACUUAAAGAUUUGAAUAGUCGGGCACAAGGGGAAGUUACCAUCAGAGAAGCUUUGCGUGAACUUGAUUUGUGGGGAGUUGGAGCCGUGUUCUCACUGAUUGAUUAUGAAGACAGCCAGAAUCGAAUGAUCAAGUUGAUUAAAGACUGGAAAGACAUAGUCAACCAGGUUGGAGACAAUAGAUGCCUUCUUCAGUCCUUAAAAGAUUCUCCAUAUUACAAAGGAUUCGAAGAUAAAGUGUCAAUUUGGGAAAGAAAACUUGCACAGCUAGAUGAGUACCUGCAGAAUUUAAAUCAUAUUCAGAGAAAAUGGGUGUAUUUGGAGCCCAUUUUUGGCCGUGGAGCUUUGCCUAAAGAACAGACACGCUUCAACAAAGUUGAUGAAGAUUUUAGAUCAAUAAUGUUGGACAUCAAGAAAGACAACAGAGUCACCACAUUGACUACUCAUGCAGGAAUCCGAAAUGCUCUGCUAACAAUACUUGAUCAACUUCAAAGAUGUCAGAAAUCCUUAAAUGAAUUUUUGGAGGAAAAACGGUCAGCAUUCCCAAGAUUUUAUUUUAUUGGCGAUGAUGACUUGUUAGAAAUCCUGGGCCAGUCCACUAACCCAUCAGUGAUUCAGUCCCACCUGAAGAAGCUGUUUGCUGGCAUUAACAGUGUGUGCUUUGAUGAGGAGUCCAAACAUAUAACUGCAAUGAAGUCGCUAGAGGGAGAAGUUGUGCCUUUUAAAAAUAAAGUUCUCCUAUCAAAUAAUGUAGAGGCAUGGUUGAAUGAUUUGGCUUUGGAAAUGAAGCAAACUUUGAAACAAUUGUUGAAAGAAUGUGUUACUGCUGGGCGGAGUUCACAAGGUGCAAUCGACCCGUCUUUGUUCCCUUCCCAGAUACUGUGCUUGGCAGAACAGAUCAAGUUUACUGAAGAUGUAGAAAAUGCCAUCAAAGACCACAGCCUCCACCAGAUUGAAACACAACUGAAUCAGGCAUUCUGGAGCUGAAGCUUAAGGCACUAAUCCUUGAUAUUAUUCAUAAUAUUGAUAUUGUGAAACAAUUAAAUCAAGUUCAGGUUCAUACAACUGAUGACUGGGCUUGGAAGAAACAAGUUAGAUUCUAUAUGAAAAGUGACCAUACAUGUUAUGUUCAAAUGGUGGAUUCUGAACUUCAGUAUACAUAUGAGUACCAGGGUAAUGCUUCCAAGCUGGUUUAUACUCCACUGACAGACAAGUGCUACCUAACUCUGACUCAAGCCAUGAAGAUGGGACUUGGAGGGAAUCCCUAUGGACCUGCUGGAACUGGGAAAACUGAAUCGGUGAAGGCGCUAGGCGGACUUCUUGGGAGACAAGUUUUAGUUUUUAAUUGUGAUGAGGGCAUUGAUGUGAAGUCAAUGGGGCGAAUAUUUGUUGGUUUGGUGAAGUGUGGGGCCUGGGGUUGUUUUGAUGAGUUCAAUAGACUGGAAGAAGCUGUACUGUCAGCAGUUUCCAUGCAGAUCCAGACCAUUCAGGAUGCUUUGAAGAAUCACAGAACUGUAUGUGAGCUGCUUGGCAAAGAGGUAGAAAUAAAUUCUAAUUCUGGAAUUUUCAUCACCAUGAAUCCUGCUGGAAAAGGUUAUGGAGGAAGGCAGAAGCUUCCAGAUAAUCUUAAGCAGCUUUUCAGGCCGGUGGCGAUGUCUUGUCCAGACAACGAUCUUAUUGCAGAAGUGAUUCUAUAUUCAGAGGGCUUCAAAGAUGCUAAAGAAUUGGGCAGAAAGUUGGUUGCUAUUUUCAACCUAUCUAGGGAACUUUUGACACCCCAGCAACAUUAUGAUUGGGGGUUGAGAGCUUUGAAGACCGUACUGAGAGGAAGUGGCAAUCUUCUGAGACAGCUUAAGAAAACUGGCACAAAACAAGAUGUUAAUGAAAAUCAUAUUGUGGUACAAGCAUUGAGGCUUAAUACAAUGUCAAAAUUCACAUUUGCUGAUUGCAUACGGUUUGAUGCGCUGAUCAAAGAUGUCUUUCCUGGAAUUGACUUUAAAGAAGUAGAAUACAAUGAACUAAGUGCUGCAUUAAAGCAUGUCUUUGAGGAGGCCAAUUAUGAAGUCAUACCCAAUCAGAUGAAGAAAGCUCUAGAAUUGUUUGAACAGCUGCGCCAGAGGACAGGAGUUGUUAUUGUUGGUCCAAGUGGUGCUGGCAAGUCUACCCUUUGGAGGAUGUUAAGGGCUGCACUUUGUAAAAUUGGCAAAGUAGUAAAACAAUAUACAAUGAAUCCCAAAGCUAUGCCCAGACACCAGUUAUUAGGACAUAUUGACAUGGAUACGAGAGAAUGGUCUGAUGGUGUUUUGACAAAUAGUGCUCGCCAAGUAGUUCGAGAACCUCAAGAAGUCAGCUCAUGGAUCAUCUGUGAUGGUGACAUUGACCCCGAAUGGAUAGAGUCUCUGAAUUCUGUUCUGGAUGAUAAUCGGCUGCUCACCAUGCCCAGUGGAGAAAGGAUUCAGUUUGGCCCAAAUGUUAACUUUGUAUUUGAAACUCAUGAUUUAAGCUGUGCUUCACCAGCCACAAUAUCUAGAAUGGGAAUGAUAUUUCUUAGUGAUGAAGAGACAGAUCUUAACUCUCUGAUGAAAUCUUGGCUGAGGAAUCAGCCUGCUGAAUACAGAAGUAACCUUGAGAACUGGAUUGGAGAUUAUUUCUCAAAAGCUUUACAGUGGGUUUUGAAGCAGAAUGACUAUGUCGUAGAAACAAGUUUGGUUGGGACUGUGAUGAAUGGUUUGUCCCACCUCCAUGGAAGCAAAGAUCAUGACCAGUUUAUUAUUAAUCUUAUACGAGGACUGGGUGGGAAUCUGAACAUGAAGUCUCGUCUAGAAUUUACCAAGGAGGUUUUUAACUGGGCACGGGAAUCUCCUCCAGACCCUCACAGACCGAUGGAUACCUACUAUGACUCUGAUCGAGGACAGUUAGCAUCCUACAUGCUUAGGAAACCAGAGAGCCUGACAGCUGAUGACUUCAGCAGUGGCCAUACCCUCCCUGUCAUCCAGACUCCCGACAUGCAGCGGGGCCUAGAUUAUUUCAAACCUUGGCUGAGUUGUGAUACUAAACAGCCAUUUAUUCUCGUAGGACCAGAGGGAUGUGGCAAAGGGAUGCUGCUCAGGUAUGCCUUCUCUCAGCUCCGCUCCACGGAGAUUGCCACGGUCCACUGCAGUGCUCAGACUACUUCUCGGCAUCUCCUGCAGAAGCUGAGCCAGACUUGCAUGGUAAUCAGUACAAACACUGGCCGAGUAUACAGACCAAAAGAUUGCGAAAGACUUGUUUUGUACCUGAAAGAUAUCAACCUGCCAAAGCUUGAUAAGUGGGGAACCAGCACUUUGGUGGCUUUCCUCCAGCAGGUGUUGACUUAUCAAGGAUUUUAUGAUGAAAAUUUGGAAUGGGUUGGCCUGGAGAAUAUUCAGAUUGUGGCCUCCAUGUCAGCUGGAGGAAGGCUGGGCAGACACAAGCUGACCACCAGAUUUACAUCUAUUGUCCGUCUUUGUGCCGUAGAUUACCCAGAAAGAGAACAGUUACAGACAAUCUAUGGAGCAUAUUUGGAAGCAGUUCUGCACAAAAAUCUGAAGAAUCAUUCUAUUUGGGGUUCUUCAUCAAAAAUUUAUCUAUUAGCAGGCUCUAUGGUGCAGGUGUAUGAACAGGUGAGGGCCAAGUUCACAGUUGAUGAUUAUAGCCACUAUUUCUUCACACCCUGCAUUCUUACUCAGUGGGUUCUUGGCUUGUUCAGAUAUGACUUAGAAGGAGGAUCUUCCAACCAUCCAUUAGAUUAUGUGCUAGAAAUUGUAGCCUAUGAAGCCCGGCGCUUGUUCCGGGACAAAAUCGUUGGUGUGAAGGAGCUGCAUUUGUUUGAUAACAUCUUAACUUCGGUGUUACAAGGAGACUGGGGCUCAGAUAUACUAGACAACAUGGCAGAUAGCUACUAUGUUACAUGGGGAGCCCGACAUAGCUCAGUAACAAACACACUUCCAGGACAGCCAUUACCUCCACAUGGGAAACCACUUGGCAAACUGACCUCUGCAGACCUGAAGGAUGUCAUUAAGAAGGGUCUUAUUCACUAUGGACGAGAUAACCAGAAUUUAGAUAUUUUGCUUUUCCAAGAAGUUCUGGAAUAUAUGUCUAGGAUAGACAGAGUGCUAAGUUUCCCCGGAGGCUCACUUCUGUUGGCAGGACGAAGUGGCGUGGGGCGGACUGCCACAUCUAUAGUCAGUCACAUGCAUGGCGCAGUGCUCUUCUCCCCAAAGAUUUCCAGAGGCUAUGAGCCAAAGCAGUUCAGAAAUGAUCUCAAACAUGUGCUGCAUCUCGCAGGGAUCGAGUCACAGCAAGUUGUCUUACUUCUUGAGGAUUACCAGUUUGUACAUCCUACAUUUUUGGAGAUGAUCAAUAGCCUUUUGUCUUCAGGUGAGGUCCCUGGACUGUAUACUCUGGAAGAGCUCGAGCCUUUGCUGUCACAUGUGAAAGAUCAGGCAUCCCAGGAUGGCUUCUUUGGACCAGUCUUCAAUUACUUCACAUUCAGAAUUCAACAAAACUUGCAUAUUGUCUUGAUUAUGGACUCUGCAAAUAUUAACUUCAUAAUAAACUGUGAGAGCAAUCCAGCUUUGAAUAAGAAAUGCCAGGUGCUGUGGAUGGAGGGCUGGUCAGACAGCAGUAUGAAGAAGAUACCAGAAAUGUUAUUAAAUGAAAUAGACGAAGAGAAACAUGACAAAAGAAGAAAAGAAGAAAAGAAAAAAAAUCCAGUUGAUCCUGACUUUCUAAAAUCAUUCUUAUUAAUCCACGAGUCUUGUAAAGCAUAUGGGGCCACCCCGAGCAGGUACAUGACCUUUCUGCAUGUGUAUUCUGCCAUCAGCAGCAGCAAGAAAAAGGAAUUACUGAAAAGACAAAGUCAUUUACAGGCUGGUGUGUCUAAACUAAAUGAAGCCAAAGCUCUCGUGGAUGAGUUGAACAGAAAGGCCGGUGAGCAGAGCAUAUUGCUUCGAAUGAAGCAGGACGAAGCCGAUGCUGCCCUUCAGGAGAUCACUGUGUCCAUGCAGGAUGCUAGUGAGCAAAAGACAGAACUUGAAAGACUAAAACAGAAAAUAGCAGAAGAAGUUGUUAAAAUUGAAGAAAGAAAAAGUAAAAUUGAUGAUGAAUUAAAAGAAGUACAACCUCUAGUCAAUGAAGCUAAGCUAGCUGUUGGAAACAUUAGACCAGAGUCUCUCUCAGAAAUCCGCUCACUGCGCAUGCCACCAGAUGUAAUCCGAGACAUUCUUGAAGGAGUUUUGAGGUUGAUGGGGAUCUUUGAUACAUCAUGGGUAAGCAUGAAAAGCUUCCUUGCAAAAAGGGGCGUGAGAGAAGAUAUUGCAACUUUUGAUGCACGGAACAUCCCGAAGGAGAUACGAGAGAGUGUGGAGGAGCUUCUCUUCAAAAACAAAGCCUCUUUCGAUCCAAAGAAUGCUAAGCGUGCCAGCACUGCGGCUGCGCCUUUGGCUGCUUGGGUUAAGGCCAAUGUACAGUACUCCCAUGUCUUGGAGCGGAUCCAGCCUCUGGAAACAGAGCAGUCAGGAUUAGAGUCGAAUUUGAAGAAAACUGAAGAUAGAAAACGGAAGCUAGAAGAUCUUCUUAACUCUGUUGGUCAGAAAGUGUCAGAACUCAAAGAAAGAUUUCAGAGCAGGACUUCAGAAGCUGCUAAGCUUGAAGCUGAAGUCAGCAAGGCCCAGGAGACAAUCAGAGCUGCAGAAGUCCUGAUUAGUCAGCUGGACAGAGAACACCGGCGAUGGAACACACAGGUAGCUGAAAUAUCAGAGGAGUUAGCUACCCUCCCCAAAAGAGCUCAGCAGGCUGCUGCAUUCAUAACUUACCUCUCUGCUGCCCCAGAAGGCCUCAGGAAGAACUGUGUGGAAGAAUGGACCAAGGCAGCUGGUCUAGAGAAAUUCGAUCUAAGGAGAUUUCUCUGCACUGAAAGUGAGCAGCUGAUCUGGAAAAGUGAAGGCCUCCCAUCUGAUGACCUCUCCAUAGAGAAUGCCCUUGUGAUCUUACAGAUCAUUGGUUUGAAAUCAUGGAGCCGUGUGUGCCCAUUUCUGAUAGAUCCAUCUUCCCAGGCAACAGAGUGGUUAAAGACACAUCUGAAAGACUCACGCUUGGAAGUUAUUAACCAGCAGGACAGCAACUUUAUCACAGCUCUUGAGUUGGCAGUGCGUUUUGGGAAAACCCUCAUUAUACAAGAGGUGGAUGGGGUGGAGCCUGUUCUUUAUCCACUGCUGAGAAGAGAUCUUGUUGCUCAAGGACCUCGGUAUGUGGUACAAAUAGGUGACAAAAUCAUUGACUAUAAUGAAGAUUUCCGCCUUUUCUUGUCAACAAGAAAUCCAAAUCCCUUCAUCCCCCCGGAUGCUGCAUCCAUCGUGACUGAGGUGAACUUUACCACAACCAGAAGUGGACUUCGAGGGCAGCUUUUAGCUUUAACCAUUCAGCAUGAAAAACCUGAUCUAGAAGAACAGAAAACAAAGCUGUUGCAGCAGGAAGAAGAUAAAAAAAUACAGCUAGCCAGACUUGAGGAGUCUCUGUUAGAGACACUUGCUACAUCUCAAGGCAAUAUUUUGGAAAAUAAGGAUUUGAUUGAAUCUCUGAAUCAGACAAAAGCAAGCAGUGCUCUUAUUCAAGACUCACUAAAAGAAUCUUACAAACUCCAGAUUUCCCUUGAUCAAGAGCGGGACGCCUAUCUGCCUUUGGCUGAGAAUGCCAGCAAGAUGUACUUCAUCAUCUCUGACUUGUCCAAGAUUAAUAACAUGUACCGUUUCAGUUUGGCUUCAUUUCUUCGACUUUUCCAAAGAGCUCUGCACAACAAGCAGGACUCUGAAAAUACAGAACAGAGAAUCCAGUGUCUCAUCAGCUCAUUGAAGCAUAUGGUGUAUGAGUAUAUAUGCCGAUGCCUGUUUAAGGCUGACCAGUUGAUGUUUGCUUUGCAUUUUGUUCGGGGUAUGCAUCCUGAACUUUUUCAAGAAAAUGAAUGGGAUACGUUUACAGGUGUGAUUGUUGGAGACAUGCUGAGAAAAGCUGACUCUCAACAAAGAAUUCGUGAUCAGCUUCCAUCUUGGAUAGAUCAGGAAAGAAGCUGGGCCAUGGCAACACUCAAGGUCACUCUCCCCAGUCUCUACCAGACCCUCUGUUUUGAAGACAUGGCACUCUGGCGCACUUACUACCACCACUCAAUGUGUGAGCAGGAGUUUCCAUCAGUUCUUGCAAAGAAAGUUUCCUUAUUUCAGCAGGUUCUUGUUGUUCAGGCUCUACGUCCAGAUAGAUUGCAGAGCGCCAUGGCUCUGUUUGCCUGUAAGGCCCUGGGACUGAAGGAGUUAUCCCCUCUUCCCUUGAAUCUCAAGCGUUUAUACAAAGAGACACUAAACAUUGAGCCCAUCUUGAUAAUCAUUUCCCCGGGAGCUGACCCCUCUCAGGAACUUCAAGAACUUGCUAAUGCUGAAAGAAGUGUUGGGUGUUACCACCAGGUUGCCAUGGGUCAAGGUCAAUCCGAUUUAGCAAUUCAGAUGCUAAAAGAAUGUUCCCGGACUGGAGACUGGCUCUGUUUGAAGAACUUACAUCUUGUGGUGCCUUGGCUCUCAGUUCUGGAGAAGGAAUUGAAUUCUCUUCAACCUAAAGAUACCUUUCGUUUGUGGCUCACUGCGGAAGUUCAUCCCAGCUUCACCCCCAUUUUACUCCAGUCAAGCUUGAAGAUAACAUAUGAGUCACCUCCAGGUUUGAAGAAGAAUUUGAUGCGAACUUAUGAGUCUUGGACUCCUGAGCAAAUUAGCAAAAAAGAUAAUAUACACCGGGCUCAUGCUCUUUUUAGUUUAGCAUGGUUUCAUGCUGCUUGUCAAGAAAGAAGAAAUUAUAUUCCACAGGGUUGGACCAAGUUUUAUGAGUUUUCUUUAUCAGAUCUUCGGGCUGGGUACAACAUUAUUGACAGGCUCUUCGAUGGUACCAAAGAUGUCCAGUGGGAAUUUGUACAUGGCUUACUUGAAAAUGCUAUCUAUGGAGGACGUGUCGAUAACUGUUUUGACCUCAGGGUUCUUCAGUCAUACCUGAAGCAGUUUUUUAAUUCUUCAGUAAUUGAUGUACUAAACGAAAGGAACAAGAAAAGCAUUUUUCCAUAUUCCAUCUCUCUCCCCAACUCCUGCAGCAUUUUGGACUAUCGCGCUGUCAUUGGGAAGCUCCCAGAGGAUGACAAACCUAGCUUCUUCGGGCUGCCUGCCAACAUCGCCCGCUCAUCUCAGCGCAUGACCAGUUCUCAGGUUAUCUCCCAGCUCAGGAUCUUGGGAAGAUCGGUCUCAGCUGGUUGCAAAUUUGAUAGAGAAAUCUGGUCUAAUGAACUUUCUCCCAUCCUCAAUCUCUGGAAGAAACUGAACCAGAAUUCAAACCUAAUCCAUCAGAAAGUGUCACCACCCAAUGAUCGACAAGGAUCUCCAGUGUUAUCCUUCAUCAUUCUCGAGCAGUUCAAUGCCAUCCGCUUAGUACAGAGUGUCCAUCAGUCUCUUGCUGCUCUCAGCAAAGUCAUCAGAGGAACUACUUUACUGAGCUCAGAAGUACAAAAACUGGCAAGUGCUUUAUUAAACCAAAAGUGUCCUCUCACCUGGCAGAGCAAAUGGGAAGGCCCCGAGGAUCCCCUCCAGUACCUUCGAGGUCUUGUAGCCCAACUGGGUCGAUAAAGCUGAAAAGCAAGCUCUUCUCUCUGAUACACUUGACCUGUCUGAACUCUUCCAUCCAGACACAUUCCUUAAUGCUCUUCGCCAGGAAACUGCAAGGGCAAUGGGCUGCUCCGUGGAUAGCCUUAAAUUUGUAGCAUCCUGGAAAGGCCGACUUCCAGAAGCAAAGCUGCAGAUUAAGAUCAGUGGUUUGUUACUGGAAGGUUGCAGCUUUGAUGGCAAUCGCCUUUCAGAAAACCAGCACGAUUCUCCCAGCGUGUCAUCAGUUCUCCCUUGCUUUAUGGGCUGGACUCCACAGAGUACAUAUGGCCCUUACUCCCCUGACGAAUGCAUCUCUUUGCCUGUUUACACAAGUGCCGAGAGGGAUCGUGUGGUGACCAACAUUGAUGUUCCCUGUGGGGGCAACCAGGACCAGUGGAUCCAGUGUGGGGCAGCACUGUUUCUUAAAAAUCAAUAAAUCUGAGGCAACACAGGACAACUUAGCAAAGUGACAGUUGCUGCAAAGUUUUACACAGAAUAUAUAGUUAGUCUGAAAUGUUAGUUCAGAAGGUCUGUUUUAGUCUUCCUUGUUGUUGAGCUCCUUGGGUUCUUAUUUUAAUACAUGUGUAACACCCAUGCUGUGUACCUUCAAGAAUUUCAUAAUAAAGUGGGGGUAUUUGGAGGCAUUAGAUACUUUUAUGAAGAAAUGUACUUUUUCAGUGGUUCAAAUAUUUAAGAUUUAAAGUACUAUAUUUAAGGAAUCAAUAAUAUUUUUGUUAUCAUUUUGUAUAAUUGCAUAUUUUAGUCUUCUGUGGUUUUAAAUGUGUGGACCACUCUGCUUUUAAGCAUUGAGCAAUGUACAAAUGUGUAAUGAAUGAAUUAUCUUAACAAACA